ACCACAUCUGUCACAAUGAACCAGACAAACUGCACCGACCCUGACGCAGAGUUCCAGUACUACCUCUUCCCGACGGUCUACAUCCUGGCGUUGGUCGUAGGCCUGCCGGGAAACCUGGCGGCGCUCUUCUUCUUCACCGUCAGGAUCAGCCCUCGCACGGCCUUCAGCGUCUACAUCAGCAACCUGGCCGUGGCGGACAUCCUCAUCCUCUGCACGCUGCCCUUCCGCAUCCACUACCACCUCCACGGCAACAACUGGGUGUUCGGAGACUUCACCUGUCUCGUCACGGGGACCCUGUACUUCGCCAACAUCUACAUGAGCAUCUGCUUCAUGACCUGCAUCUGCGUGGACCGCUACAUGGCCACGGUGCAUCCGCACACCUAUCUGAGGAUGCGGAGCCCCAAAUGGUCUCUGGUGGUGAGUGUGGUGCUGUGGGGUUUCGGCGGCUUGGCUAUACUGAUCUUCAUCCUCAUGGGUCCGCUGGAGAGGAGGGACGUGUGGAGGGAUGACUCCAUGGUGCAGAGCUGCUUCGAGAACUUUGCCAGCAGCGAGUGGAAGGAGCGCCUGAGGACGUACAGUAUAGUCAGCCUGGUUUUUGGCUCCCUGUUACCCUCCAUGGUCAUCCUGGUGUGCUACCCGCUGGUAGCCAACCGCAUUUCACUGAUCGGCACCAAAACAGCCAAGAAGGCGGUGCGGGUCAUCUACACAAUCCUGGCCAUCACGCUUCUGUGUUUCCUGCCCAACCACGUGGUCUACCUGCUGCACCUCCUGCAGCGCCUGGAGAUCAUCCAGAGCUGCUCCGCCCGGGCGUUCAUCUACAACGCCAGGCGGGUCACCAUGGCACUCGUCAUCCUCAACACGUGCCUGGACCCCAUGCUCUACUACAUGAGCACCAGCCACUUCAGGUGGGAGCACCUGAAAAGGACAUGGCUGUGGGGGAUCGUGAGCAGGAGAAGGGGCGUCUACACCAUCUCGCUGACCUGAGGGGGAUCGCGGCGCCUUCAACUGUAAAUGUACAAAGAAUCUUGUAAAAAUCAAGGUAUUUGUUUUAUGUAAAAAUUUAGA